AUGAAGAACAAGGAGCCUGAAGUGCGUCUACAAUCCGCAGAUUUGGUGUCGGCAGUUGCACCUUUACUCAACGAAUUUGGCGACAAUAAUACUCAAAUUAUGAACAGACUCAUUCUAUUUCUUUACGAAUCAUUAGGAGAGGUUUAUCCUGAAGUUCUAGGUUCCAUCAUAGGGGCUUUAUAUGCCUGUCUAGAAUCGCUAAAUAAGGAGGCCUUAUCUUCCCUCGAUAAUCCCUCGAUAAGCAUGCUUCUACCGACAAUGACGCCGAUUUUGAAAAAUCGGCAUGAAAAAGUGCAAGAAAAUUGCGUGAAGUUGAUCGGGCUCAUUGCUUGCAAGAGCGCAGAAUGUAUCAAUGCCAAAGAGUGGAUGCGUAUUUGUUUCGAUCUAUUGGACAUGUUGAAAAGCCAAAGAAAGCGAAUUAGGAUUGCAUCAAAUGCUACUUUUGGAUUCAUAGCCAACGCUAUUGGUCCUCAGGACGUUCUCGCCACAUUGCUCAAUAAUCUAAGAGUGCAAGAGCGUCAGCUAAGAGUCUGUACAGCGGUCGCUAUUGGAAUUGUGGCAGACACUUGUGAGCCAUUCACCGUAUUACCUGCCCUCAUGAAUGAGUAUAGAAUGCCUGACAAGAACGUGCAGAAUGGUAUCUUGAAAUCGCUUGGCUUCAUGUUUGAAUACAUAAGUGGUGCACAAAGCAAAGACUACAUUCAUGCUGUUACACCUUUGAUUGGGAAUGGUUUAACAGACAGAGAUCAGGUUCACAGACAGACAGCUGCCACAGUGGUACGUCAUCUUGCACUCAAUUGUACAGGAUUUGCUAAUGAUGACCACAUCGAAACGUUCACACAUUUGAUGAAUCUUGUGCUACCAAACAUUUAUGAACAGAAAGUAAUUCAGCAACGUAAAGAGAGAAGACGAGAAAACCAAGAGGAUGCUGCCAUGUCAGCUCAGAAAAUUCUCGCGAUACAGCUCCAGAAGGAUAAGGAUCUACCUCAUAGUCGUAAGCGAGAGCUUUUGAAGAAUCCUGACUCAUCAAAGACAGAAGUGCCAAACCCAGAUGGCACUGUUUAUCUCGAAGAUAUGCCGAUUCUUCAUCCUGAACAUGGAGCACUGCAAGAGCAGAACUCACAGCAGGCAGAAUUGGUUCAAAGCUCACCAACACGAAAGUUCAUAAAAAAAGAUGAGUAUCAUCUUCCUGAGAUUCGACAAUUUACCGUCUCUAAGGAUGACAAUAGGAUUAUGCCAGCGGAUGAAUUCCAAGAGUACACCGAAAACGCAGACUUUGAUACAGUAGAUGGCAUUAAUAUCGACUCAGUGGAUCCUUCUUCCAAAGAGUUCACCGAACUUCCACUAGCAACCCAGUAUAUGAUUUUGUCUCACCUCAGAUUACGAUCAAGGUUGAGACUAGGGUAUUCAAAGGACCAAUUGGAAGGACUUUUUCCAAGUAGCAAGGAUUUUCUGAAGUUCCAGAUCGAUCAAGUCAAGAAAAGAAACUUCUACACACAAAGACUUAUGACCGUCAGUGGAAUGCUGGAAGAUAGUGGGAAUAUCACACGUCGAAUUGCUGGAGACAAGGACCGACACUAUGCUCUCGUGAAAAACGAGGAUGGGUGGACUCUUUCCUUGGGAGAUGGAGAUGGCGACCUCAUCGAAAUUGACGAUAACGGGGAAAUAAAACGAUCGUUAAUGUCAUCUUUUGAUGAUGAUCUGGGGAAAAAUAUUACGCAAAUUAAGACGGAGGAUAGCCAAGCUGCACAAUCCAGUGAUAGCGACGAAGAAUUUGAAGAUGUGCCUGCUCAUUUGCAAGAAGAUGAUGAGGAUAGCUCACAAGCAAUCAUUCAAUCAAUCUAUGGCAUGUAUAAAAAUGAUUACGAGGAAAGUUCAUCUCCCAAUGAAAUUGAGGGAAGUCAAAAGAUGCAAAAUAAUUUACCGAUAGGUACUUCUGAGCAUAAAAAAGAUGUCGUUAACCAAGUGACCGAUCUAGAUGAGAACCAACCAGACUUGAACAGCUCAAUGCUAUUUCGGUCUCAAAACAUAGAAUCAAGUGACGAGAAGAAGCAGGACGCUGAUGAGAGUGCAACUUUCAGAACUCUGGAACCCCCUGAACCUUCUCAAAGCUCUCAUGCAAUGCCUUCUUGGUUCGAUCAUAGUGUCUCUCAAAUUGAAAGACCACAUUCAGGUGAUAGAUUUUUCACGCAAGAAGCUCAAAGUACUCGGCCUAUGAAUGAAGAUAAGAAAGUUGGAUUAAUUUCAUAUUCUGAAGCCAGGGAUCUCAUAGACAUAGAACUGAUUCCAGGUUCGCCAAUAGAACAAGAACACUCCGACGUGGAAAUCGUGAAUGAGCAGAACGUUAAUGAUGAAAUUUUGGGCUCGGACGUGGAGAUAGCAAAUGAGAAGAGCUUUCCAAAGUAUGAGCACAAAAACGAUGAUACGAGGCAGACCGAAUUCAAGCCAUCAAUGAUCCAGCAUGAAAAGAAAGAUUCUGAGAAAGGAGAUAGUCAAAAGGAUGAUGGUCAAGAACUGGAAGCUUUGACGCAUGGCGGAAGAACUGUUCGAGACAGGAGGCAGAGUACAACACUUGACUCUCACGGACCGACAGAACAAAUACCGGAAAAGUUUGCUCCACAACGACCAGCUGUGCUAGAUUAUGAGUUGGAGGAGGAUGAAGAAGCUGAAAUGAUGAAUCAGCUCCGUGAGGAGGACAAUCAACACGAAGAAUUUGCGAUCGAAAUGAAGACAAAACAUCAUAUUCCGAUUUCAUCAACUUCACUUAUUUCAGAUGAGCAGCUAUACCAGGAACGUGUACAGAAAGCCAAACGUGACUCUGAUGAGGUCUCCCAGACGAUGAUACAAGAUGUUCAGGAGCUUUUGAAAAGGUUUGGCAUUCCAUUCAUCACAGCUCCAAUGGAGGCCGAGGCCCAAUGUGCCGAGUUGUACCGUCUCCAAAUGGUAGAUGGUAUCAUCACUGACGAUAGCGACUGCUUUCUUUUUGGAGGGAGUAGAAUUUACAAAAAUAUGUUCAAUCAAAAGCAAUAUGUGGAAUGCUAUUUCAAUGAAGAGAUCGAUCACAAAAUUGGACUUGACAGAAUCAAGCUAAUUGAAUUAGCACUUUUAUUGGGAAGCGACUACACGGAAGGCAUCAAGGGUAUAGGGCCUGUGUUAGCCAUGGAAAUUCUAGCAGAGUUCGAGGAUCUCAAAAGCUUCAAGCGGUGGUUCGAUGAGCAUGCCCGGGGAUUAUCACAGCCAAAGGAUCCAGAUUCCAAACUCAAAAAAAAUCUCUUGAAACGUAUCAAAUCCGGGAAGUUGUUUCUUCCAGAUAACUUCCCUGACCAGGUUGUUUUUCAGGCCUACACUCACCCUGAGGUGGACAGAGACACGAGUGAAUUUAAGUGGGGCGUACCAAAUCUAGAUCAGAUACGUUCCUUUCUCAUGUACAAUGUUGGGUGGAGUCAAUCACGGGUGGAUGAGGUAAUGUUACCGCUUAUAAGGGACAUGAACAAGAAGAGAUCGGAGGGCACACAGACCACAGUUGGUGAAUUCUUCCCUCAGGAGUACAUCUCAUACAAAAAGGAUGCCGCUCUUGGAAAGAGAAUGAAGCUGGCUGCCACGCGCUUACAUAAGAGAAAGAAGUUGGAUAAAUAA